GUGCAGCCUAAUGCAUUGAGCAAUGACAAUUUAUUUUUUCUUCUGCGGUGUAUUAAUCAUUUCAUAUACAUUGCAUCUACACAUGCUUGUUUUACUGCUACAUCAUAUCCUAAUUUUUGCGCUGUAUGAUGCAAACACCAUUUGUUAGGGAGUUCUCAAUUACAAGCAUGAAAGGAGGUUACCGUAGGGUGUUCCAGAAGCCUAUUGAUUUUGAGUGGGAACUCAUGACAUACACGGAUGACAGUGCAUCUUUAGCAGAAACCGAUUUGGAUAUUCUCUCCAAAAGCAAGCUUACAGAAGCAAAGGUAGCUAAUGAGCCUGCUGCAUCUAGUGAAAAUUCCGCCUCCAAUCCACCUGAUUGCAAGAUGGAAGAGCCAUUGGAGACCUCCAUGCCAACCAGUGAAACUAGCUUAGUAGAAAACAAGUCUAUUGGCAGCUCAGAUACAUUGCCAAGCAAACUGGCCGUGAAAUUAGCAUUUACUUUACCUGCAUCAUCCUAUGCUACAAUGGCAAUCAGGGAGUUGCUGAAGGAUUCAACCUCGGUUGCGUACCAGAAAACACUUGAUUGCUAAGUUUCUCGCUGAUGUCAGUUCUCAAGGGAAACUGAUCUGUCAUCUCACCAAUUGAGGAUGUGACAUGGCUGAAGCUAGAGCUUCAGCUGGAUCCAUGAAUCAGCAAACUGACCACGUGGCUGAGGCUCCCGCUUGGUGCAUGCAAGCAAUAUGACCGUUCAAAACUAUGUACUGAGCGCAAAAUUUAUGGUCCCUAUUCUGUACUAGAAUGCGCCGUGCCGCAAUAAAGCUUGUAUAACCCUAUUAUGACCUCUGUAAUGAAAUCGAGAUAUAAAAUCGUGCUGUGUUGGUUACCUCGACGAGGCUGAGGUUUUGCUGGAUGA